CACUUCGGAAAGUAGCUUGCUAGCUAGAUAGCCGAAGGACAGUGUGUGCGUCUGUCGGUGUUGGAGGUCUCACUUUGUCGUGUUGUAAACAGUGUUUUCCUUGUUUAUCUUUUAUUCUAUAGCAAGUGAAACCACCACACGUUCUUUUUAACACCUGCUUUUACGAGAGCGGCCAACAGAGGAAACGUAAGGCGUUUUUCCUCAGGCGGGAAUCGGUGAAUUGACCCUCGAAAUGGAUAUUAGCUAGCUAGCUUGUUCGCUAACUUCUGAAAAGCGACUCGCUAGCCUAAAAGGACCACGGGUUUCGAGUCUCCUUGUGCGCUUAGAUUUUAUCAAGUUAUCAUUUGUAAAACUAUCCUUUGUUUUCAUACGCAUCGAGGUUUUUUUUUAACUCUUUGGCUGAUAUUGACCUGUAGGGUACAACUUAACUUAAGACAAGCCCACCGCGUAGAGAAGAGGUAAGAGGUGUCUCCUUGUCUCCUCUAGCCAUUCACAAUGAUGUCGAACCCGCCGGUAUUCCCGAACCCACAACAACAGCAGGGUCUACAACAGAACAUGCAGUUUCAUGUCAAGCCCACCCUUCAGAUCAAGAAAAAUGCCAUUACGGAUGACUACAAGGUCACAAGCUCGGUACUCGGACAGGGCAUUAAUGGCAGGGUCAUAGAAAUAUUCCAGAAGAAAACAGCAGAGAAAUUCGCACUCAAGAUGCUGCAGGACUGCACCAAAGCCAGGAGAGAGGUGGAGCUCCACUGGCGAGCAUCGCCGUGCUCACACAUCGUCCGCAUCGUGGACGUCUACGAGAACCUCUACCAGGGAAAGAAAUGUCUGCUCAUCGUCAUGGAGUGCAUGGACGGAGGAGAGCUGUUCAGUCGGAUUCAGGACCGUGGGGACCACGCUUUCACAGAGAGAGAGGCCUCUGACAUUAUGAUGAGUAUCGGGGAGGCGAUACAGUUCCUUCAUGCCAUUAACAUUGCACACAGAGACGUAAAGCCCGAGAACCUCCUGUAUUCCACCAAAAGGCCCAACAACGCCACUCUGAAGCUGACUGACUUUGGCUUCGCCAAGGAGACGACGAUGCACAACUCCCUCGCCACGCCCUGCUACACUCCCUACUAUGUUGCCCCAGAGGUCCUUGGUCCAGAGAAGUAUGACAAGUCCUGUGAUAUGUGGUCGCUCGGGGUCAUCAUGUACAUCUUGCUUUGUGGUUACCCUCCAUUUUACUCCAACCACGGACUGGCCAUCUCUCCCGGCAUGAAGAGACGUAUCCGCAUGGGCCAGUACGAGUUCCCCAACCCAGAAUGGUCAGACGUGUCCGAGGAAGCCAAAGACCUCAUCAGAACCCUCUUGAAGACAGAGCCCACCGAGAGGAUGACCAUCACAGAGUUCAUGAAUCACCCCUGGAUCAACCAGACAAUAGAAGUGCCUAUGACUCCCCUCCACACCAGCAGAGUCCUCAAGGAAGAACAGGACGCCUGGGAGGAGGUCAAGGAGGAGAUGACGAGUGCCUUGGCCACUAUGCGUGUGGACUACGACCAGAUCAAGAUCAAGACCAUCAAGGACUCCACAAACCCCCUGCUGAUGAAGAGGAGGAAGAAGAUUACCACAGCACAGAAUACAGACCCGGACACACAGAACCCUGAUCUCUGAAGAGGGGACACACUCACCUGCAGUCAGUCAAACUGAAACACACUCAUGCUCUAACAAAGAGGACAUGCAUGUACACACACACACACACACACACACACACACACACACACAUACACAUACAUACACGCGCGCACACACACACACACACACACACACAUACAUACAUACACGCGCGCACACACACACACUCACACACGCACACAUAUAUACAUACAUAUAUAUACAUAGACAUACAAGCAGACAUCUAUGCUCAGAUGAUGCACACUCACAUUCACACACUUACCUGUGUUCAAUAGAAGGAGAAUAUGUAUACACACACACACACACACACACACACACACACACUGCAUACGUACAUGGAAAUCGUUUGAAAGAAAGAAAGAAAAGGAAGCAAUAAUUCAACUAUAUCCUGGGAAAUAGACGGCAUGAAUUUUAUGAAAUUGCCAGGAUUAGAAGGUUUUCCCUACAAAUGUUUUUUCCCCCCUUUUCUUUUUUAAAAUAAUUUCUUUUUAUUACUCCGCUGUUUUAAAGAAUCAUCCACUGUGGCAUUCUGGGAAUGCUUGAGGGUUCUCUCCCUGCGUUCUGCUGAUUUCUGGGGAAGGCGAAGGAUCCAGAAUUACGGAGAAACCGAUGCAACAGAAUUAAUUUGAUUUGUGUACGCGUGUUUUUAGAGUCCUGUUUACCACACGUUUAUUCGUUUUGUUUAUUCAUUUUGUUAGCAAUCCGGCCAGCCAGCCAAAGAGGGGGCACAACAGUUUAGAGUCUCUUUCUGUUCUUUGUCUCUGUCUCUCUCUCUCUCUCUCUCUCUCUCUCUCUUUCUUUCUUUCUUUCUUUCUUUCUUUCUUUCUUUCUCUUUUCCCUCUCUUUCCUUUUCUACUCGCAUACAAAGCCAUACAGUAGGUCCAUCAAUUGUUGCCGAGCACACUUGUGAUAUGAGUAGCCUGUUCUCUUUUUCUGGUUCUGGGUUGAAGAUUUUUCAUGGAGGCCCUGUUAGCAUUGGGUGGGGACGGGAGGUUGUCUGCUCGUGAUGAUGCAUUAAGCCUAGACUCCCUAGAUCUGACCCCCCUCAUUUGCCAUACUAAAGUACAUUGUGAGUUUUCUGUCCAUGCACCUGGUUGUUCUUCGUGGGGUGGGAUGGGUCAAAUAUAUGAGAUUGCUACUGUCACUAACUUACAGAUCUAGCAAAAUGUUUAUUGAUUACGACUCAUGGAAUGUAGAUUCAUUCACUGAUUUUCUGAAGCCCUAAUGUGACCCCUUACAUAUACACAUACACAUACACACACACACACACUCACACACACACCUCCACCUCUUGUCCUUUUCUUUUUUUUUCGGGGGUGUGUGCUACUCACCCACGGCUUGGGGUAGAGAGGAUGUCAGUGGCCUUUGCAUCCUCAGUGACUUCACGCCUGCUGUGGGUGGUGGUGGGGGUCCGUAGCAAUGCUCCUCGGGGCCGUAUUCUGGUUGGUUUGAGGCGUUGGCUCCCUCCUGCUUGCUCUGUCAGAGGGUCCUGAAGGGUCACCACCCACCUCAUUAAAUCAGUAGAUGUCUGGCUGAUGGUCACCACCCACCUCAUUAAAUCAGUAGAUGUCUGGCCUGGAUCCAGCACGCUUCCAGGUUACAACCGCUUCGUAGUUUGAUGCCUUCUGGGCCACCGUAGUCUUAGUUAAUAAUGGAAUGCUUUGGAGUAGUGCCCUGUAGUUUCAGAUUCCCCACCCCCUCCAGCCUCCUGACGGCCAUUCUUAAGUCGUGACUAUAUUUUACUACAUAUAGAGAUGUUUAUCUUUUAUACCCCAAGUUCUCGUUGUGUCGCUCUGCGUGUCCGGCGGCAGUGCUAUGCAUAUGUGAUUUUUCUUCUCCGGUCAUUUUAGAUGUGUCUGUUUGCUGUGUGUCAAAAUGUUGACAGAUUAAUUGAAAAGGGAUGAGAAGUACUGUUGAAGUUCAGACUGUGUUGACAUCUGUUAUUCAUAUCAACAGAGUUAUAUCCAGUGUUUCUAGUGCGUCUAGGUCGCUCCAGUUUUAUCUGGACACUACCUGUAUUUUUUUUUUCUCUCUCUCUGAGAUGUUCGAAAUUAGAAUGCAUUUCUUUUUUUUCCAUGCAGUUAAAGCAGUGUCCGAAUGUGUGUCGCAUGUCUCCAGUCCUGUAAAAUGGAGAGUCAAGGUUUUCUUUUAUUUUGUUUUUUAUUUUUUUUAUUUUUCCUUUGUGUCCAACUGCUGUACGUCUGUAUGUAUGUAUGUCUCAGUCUGCUUCAACUUUGGAUUAAAACACAAAAAGAGAAAAAA